AUGCUUGUACUUUGGACCGAUCCCGCUAUUAGCCUAUCGAGGCGCGAGGCAGAACAGGAGAACGAUGCUAUGCUAGCCCGGCUUGAGAAAGUACUUAUCCGAGCGGAUGAACUCUAUCGCACACUUGCUCAACAGGGAUAUCAAGCAAAGGAAUCAGGUGGGGUUCUCGAAGAGGGUGACUGGGAUCAUAACCGGGGUGCUGAAUCCCGCGUCUGGCGUAGUAUUGAGCCACAACUAGGCUAUUGGAUUCGAACAAGCUUCUUUGAUAUGUUUGAAAGGAGGAAUAUGGAAUUUGUGUGA